AUGGGAUGUACUCUGGGUUCGAUGGGCGGGGAGGACUCCAAACAGAAGGAAAAGAACAAAGAGAUCAACCGACUUCUCGAACAGCAAAGAAAAACCCUCGACAAUGAGAUCAAACUACUUCUUCUUGGCGCCGGUGAGUCGGGUAAGUCCACCAUCGCCAAGCAGAUGCGCAUCAUCUUCAUGAAGGGGUGGAAGGAAGAGGAAAAGUUAAGCUACAAGCCGGUCAUCGCCAACAACAUCAUCACCUCCAUGCGAACCCUUUGCCAAGCCUGUGUCGACCUCCAGAUUGCCUGGGGAUCGGAUGUCGAUGCCGCCGCUAAGCGCAUGCUUGGCAACGAUGAAUUCUUGAUCGGAGGGGAGCUCAACGAGCAGGUGGCAAGCGAUGUGCGAUCCCUUUGGGCCGACGAGGGAAUCCAAAAGGCCUUCUCUCGAUACGCCGAGUUCCAACUGAACGAUUCAGCUAAAUAG